CGUCGGAAUCGAUAUUUACGACAACACACCUGUACGAUUAGUUCCUUUCGUUUUUUGUUUUUACCUGUGGAUGUUCGUUGUUAUACUGUGUUUCGGUUGAACGAAGAGUUGUUUUGAUUAUUGGGUGUGGUAGAGUUAUUUUAGUUUAGAUUUUCACAAAUUCCAUUUUGACGAAAGCAAAAGCUUAAUUUUUUACUUGUAAUUAUUGUUUUUAAUUUAUUCAUUUUGUUUUAUUUGUUGUUUUCAUUGUCCCCAAUUAUAAAUUAUAACCCAGUUUUAAAAAUGAGUUACCUUAUACCUUGAUAUUAAAGGUUUGUUUAGUCCCUUAAAAUGGUUAAAUCAGGAAUGGGUAGUGGCAAAUUUCCUCCUGUGAUGCUUACAGCAUCUGCUUUCCUUGGUGUGAGUGCGAUAUUCAUCAUUAUAGCCUUCACAACCCCAUAUUGGUUAGUUUCAGAUGGGAGAGCACCUGUGGAAAAAUUCCAAAAAUUAGGUUUAUGGGAAGCUUGUUUUAAGCGUUUUGUGGACAUCUACUAUCGUUAUGAUCGUGAAUUCCAUGGCUGUAAGUGGAUUUUCGAUGAAGACUACAAUUUUAUCCAGCAUUUUCUCUCACCACCAUUCUUCAUUGCAGUUCAAGUCCUCUUCACUCUAGGAUUGGUGUGCAUGCUUCUGGCAUGUCUAGUGCUUAUGGUGUUCACUUUGUGCCUUGUUUCUGACAAAGAUGUAUUUGUUCUCAAAUUAUUGACAGCUCUUGUUCUUACAGCUGGCGUGUUCAGUGUGAUUUCAGUAAUUGUAUUUGGGGCUUAUGGGGAUGAAAGGAAUUGGAUGCCUGAUCCAGAUCAUAAUUCACUCUCUUGGUCAUUUGCUUUGGGUGUCAUAGGUGGCUUCUUUGAACUGAUAUCUGGGGUACUCUUUUAUAUUGAAUCUCGACUUGCUCAGCGUAGAGUGAAAGACAGAAAUCAACAAGUGUUUUCACUCAAUCAAGUAUCAAAAGCAUAAUUAUAUGUGUCAUCAUUGUAUAUGUUGUUUUCAUUUUUUGAUCUUCAAAUCUCUAUGAUCUUUGAAUCUGUAUGUAUAUUUUUAAUAUGUAAAGAUCUAGGUUGUGUAUCAUUUUUAUCUUUAAAUCUCUAUGUAUAUUUUUAAUAAUAAAAUUUUAUGUCGUGUUAUUACUAGAUUUCAUUUGGAAACUGCA